UCAUCGCAGACCGAGAGGAAGGCAAAGAGGCGCGCACAGCCACUCAGAGGCGGCGAGCGAGAGGGACCCGGGAAGGCAUUGGCGGAGAAAUCGCAGUCGGGAGAGCAUCACCAACCAGAGGUGGUCUUUCCACCUAUUUCCCAAUAUCAUCCAAAUCUGAAAAAAGGCGAGAAAAGAGCACUGGAGAGGCGGCGAGGAGAAAGAGAGAGGAAGCGAGCGAGCGGGAGAGCAACGCAGCCAGGCUAUCUAGAUCGCCGAGCCCUCAAAGUGCUGGGGAAAUCACUCGGCUUGUGGAGAAGGGAUGCUAUGAUUUUUAUUUUUUACCUGGGUUUCGCAGCCGUGAAAUCUCCAGAUCUGAUCCUCGCCUCUCACUCGUUUUCUCUUUUUGAGGGGGAGGAAAUGAAAGAAUAAAGAUCUUUCGAAGAAACUCCUGGCACCAAAGACCUUAAGGGACUGAGAAGACCAGCUCUGGCCAAAAGAGGCUGGACAGCCCCAAACUGAAGAGCAGGCAAAAGGAGAGAGGCAGAAGAGGCAGUGUGAGAACUGGGCAGAUUAUCUGAAAGGAUUCUAUUUUUGACUGAACACGCUGCUCGCCACUUCUUCAUCCAUUUGCACCCAUUAAGGACUAUUUUGCUGUGACUGUGUCCAUCUCAAAAGGCACUUCUACACAGAUUGGAAGCCAACUAGUAGGCUGCGUUUUAAUGAAGGAACCUCCGAGCUGCUAACAAUCACACAAACGGGAGGCGUAAGACCUUCGAGGCGAGCGAUGCCGUUGUCAUGGAAACUCACCCUGCUUCUGUCACUCACCAGCUGUCUUACAGGAUACUCCAAAGCUGUUCCAGGAAUCCCUACUUCAUAUGCUGCUGUCUUAAGGCUCAAGUCUGCCAGCUCGUCAUACUCCUCAUCGGCCAUUAACUCGAAGAGCAGGCAACGAUCAAGCAGCCCUGCUUUGGGAAGCAUCUCUUCGCCAAGCUGGCAAGGGGCACCACAACAUUAUCACUCGCCGACAAACCUCUAUCACUUUGCAGAGGCCUUCAAGCAUGAUGAGAGUGUCGAUUAUGGGCCGGUGUUUAUACAAGAGCCUGACAAUGUAAUUUUCCCCAUGGAUUCAGAUGAGAAGAAAGUAUCCCUCACCUGUCAAGCACGAGGGAACCCAGCGCCAACCUACAGAUGGCUCCGGAAUGGAACGGAGAUAGACACCGAAAGUGAUUACCGGUACAGCGUGAUAGAAGGGAGCAUUAUCAUCAAUAACCCCAGCGAAACAAAAGAUUCUGGGCAGUAUCAGUGCUUUACCACCAACAUGUUUGGCAGCAUAUUGAGCAGAGAAGCUACACUUCAGUUUGCAUAUCUGGGGAAUUUCAGUGGUCGGACGAGAAGUGCUGUGUCAGUGCGGGAAGGUCAAGGCGUUGUUCUGAUGUGCUCCCCACCGCUCCAUUCACCAGAGAUCAUCUACAGCUGGGUAUUUAAUGAAUUCCCCUCCUUUGUGGCAGAAGACAGCCGGCGCUUUAUCUCCCAGGAAACGGGCAAUCUCUACAUUUCCAAAGUACAGCCCUCGGAUGUAGGCAGCUAUAUCUGCCUGGUGAAGAACACGGUGACCAAUGCGAGAGUGCUUAGCCCACCCACACCGCUAACACUUCGAACUGACGGUGUGAUGGGGGAAUAUGAGCCGAAAAUUGAAGUCCAUUUUCCAUACACAGUUACAGCUGCUAAGGGAUCUACUGUUAAGAUGGAGUGCUUUGCACUUGGCAACCCAGUUCCAACAAUCUCAUGGAGGAAAGUGAAUGGCCCCAAUCCAAGCAAAGCCCGCCUGCGGAAGUCCCAGGCGGUUCUUGAAAUUCCAAAUGUGCAGCUGGAAGAUGCAGGGACAUAUGAAUGUAAGGCCGAAAACUCACGUGGAAGGAAUGUCUUCAGAGGACAGCUGCAAGUAUACACAUACCCACAUUGGGUGGAGAGGCUUAAUGAUACCCAGUUAGACAGUGGAGAUCAGCUCCGAUGGGAAUGCAAAGCUACUGGAAAGCCAAGACCCACCUAUCGAUGGCUGAAAAAUGGAACACCUCUCUGGCCAGAGAGCAGGAUUGAGAUGGUUAAUGGUGUACUGCUGAUCCACAGUGUCAAUCAGUCUGAUGCUGGAAUGUACCAGUGCGUAGCCGAAAACAAGCACGGAGCCGUUUACACCAGCGCCGAGUUGAGGAUUUUGGCUUUGGCUCCAACUUUCCCCCCAAGCCAACUGAAGAAAACAAUCAUUAUAACCAGGGGCCAAGAAGUUGCCGUCGAGUGCAAACCACAAGCCUCCCCCAAACCCGCCAUCUCAUGGAAGAAAGGAGACAAAGCAGUGAGAGAGAAUAAAAGGAUAACUGUUCUUCCAGAUGGGAGCCUCAGAAUCCUGAAUUCCACCAAAUCCGAUGAGGGAAGAUAUGUAUGCCGAGGUGAAAAUGUAUUUGGUUCUGCAGAAAUAGUUGCUUCAGUGUUUGUUAAAGAGCCUACCAAGAUAGACCUGUCUCCUAAAAGGACCGAGCUGACAGUGGGAGAGAGCAUUGUCCUCAGCUGCAAAGCCAUUCAUGACCCCACCUUAGAUGUCAUGUUCCACUGGAUUCUGAAUGGGCAGCCUAUCGAUUUUGAGAAAGAAGGAGGACACUUUGAAAGCAUCAGGGCGCAAGCGUCCUCUGCAGAUUUAAUGAUCAGGAACAUUCUUCUGAUGCAUGCUGGGAGAUAUGGCUGCAGGGUACAGACCACAGCAGACAGUAUAUCAGAUGAGGCAGAACUUCUUGUGAGGGGUCCACCUGGGCCUCCAGGGAUUGUGAUUGUUGAGGAGAUCACGGAGACCACGGCAACACUUUCAUGGACACCGGGGGCGGACAACCACAGUCCUAUCACCUCCUACAAUCUUCAAGCACGGAGUCCAUUUUCACUUGGUUGGCAGACAGUGAAAACAGUUCCAGAAAACAUCAGCGGUGACAUGGAGUCUGCCAUGGCUGUCGAGCUGAACCCGUGGGUGGAAUAUGAAUUUAGAGUUGUCGCAACCAACAAAAUUGGGACUGGAGAUCCAAGCGCCCCCUCUCGAGUGAUCCGGACCAAGGAAGCAGUUCCAAAGACAGCUCCUGCUAAUGUAAGUGGCAGAAGUGGAAGAAGGCAUGAAUUAGUAAUAGCAUGGGAGCCAGUUUCUGAAGAGUUCCAGAAUGGAGAAAGCUUUGGGUACAUAGUAGCCUUCCGGCCCAACGGGACAAGAGGCUGGAAGGAAAAAAUGGUAACCUCUUCCGACGCUUCCAAGUUCAUCUACAGAGACGAGAGUGUGCCUCCCCUGACUCCAUUCGAAGUGAAAGUUGGCGCUUACAACAACAAAGGAGAUGGGCCAUUCAGUCCUAUCGUAGUCAUUUGCUCUGCAGAGGGAGAACCCAGCGCUGCUCCAACUGAUGUCCAGGCUACAGGAUUGUCUGUUUCGGAGAUUCUCGUUGCGUGGAGACAUAGCAAAGAAAGCCUGGGAAGACCUCAGGGAUUUGAGGUUGGUUACUGGAAAGAUAUGGAACAAGAGGAAGCGGCUGAAAAGACCAGGACAGAAGGAAAUGAGUCAUCCAUCAUUCUGACAGGGCUUGAAGGCAACACAUUAUACCACCUGAGAGUGAAGGCGUACAACUCAGCAGGGUAUGGACCACCCAGCAGCGCCGUCCGUGCCACCACCAAGAAAUCUCCUCCUAGCCAAGCGCCAAGCAACAUUAUGUGGAUACAAGAUGGCUCCCACGUUUCCUUGGGAUGGGAACCUGUUAAACCUUUAGCUAAUGAAUCAGAUGUCAUGGGAUACAAGGUCUUGUUUAGGCAGGAAGGUGACAGCAACAGUCAAGUCAUUGAAACACAGAAAACAUCUGCAGUGGUGCUUCUCCCUGAUGUCGGGGUCUAUAUCAUAGAGGUCCGCGCAGUCAGUGAAGGAGGGGAUGGGAUGCCGAGCUCUCAAAUCAGGGUACCAUCUUUUUCAGGUGGAAAAGUCACAAGUUCUCAGUCAAGCCUACGUGCUUUCUCUACUUCGUCAUCGACUGUAACGUUCCUUUUGGUACUAAUGGUCCCGUCAACCUCGUGGUGAAGACAGACUGUGGACCUUUUCCUCAUUCAUCGUUCUGAUUGGUUUAGCCUGAUAACAUCACUGGAUGGAAUUCUGUAUCCAUGGAGGAAGCAGAAGGCAAAGAGCCCAAUGAUCAAAGACACGAGAAACACACAUGGUGCAACAGGAAGAGUGUUGUGGGUGGCGAAUAAUGCUAAAACAAUUCAUCAGGUUUCUUCUCUUCAGUUUCUUGUAAAUGUCCUCUAUGGGGGAGGGGAUAUUUAUUGCCCAACAGAGAAAAUAUGCAGAUUGUACGAAAUGAACUCUUGUAAGCAAAUGGAAAAAAUCUGUCCAAUUUUACUUUCCUUUUCUAAUGCGUUUCUAUAUUAGCUGACACCAGUCUUGUAUCAUGAGUAGUUUAAAUCGUGGCGUCUAGUACAGUACAUCUAUUUUGUUUGAGUUGUUAUGGGUUGGUUUUUUUAAAGAAAAAAAGUUUGAUAAAUAUUUGGAGUCUAAAUCCCCACUCCCUCUUUUCAUAAGGCUGGCUUUAUUGCUUUUUUUCCCACAUUGGAAAGACACAAUGGCAAAAGUUACAUUAUGUGGUCCCUUUUCUAAAUCAUUGUAGAAAAUGUCACCUUAAAAAUAAUAAUGAAUGAAGCCACAUCAAGUUAGCAAACUAUGGUAAUUUUUUAUUGUUUUUCUGCUCUGUUUCUAUUCUCAGGGCAUGCGAGUCACUUUUUUUCACUGCAAGGUAAUUUUCUAAGCAUUUCGGCAAGGAAUGAAACACAGCCGUAUUAUUUUUGCACCAGCUAUUGUCCACCUUAACAACAGAGAGAGAGAGAGAAUGCUUAUUUUCUAACAGCGAGAAUAUAGCUGAUAGAGAAUGCAAAUGGCAAUGAAACCAUCGCCAGGCAUUUAAUCAUAGCCUCCAGUCAUUGCUAACUGGAAGUAAACAAAAAACCCCGAAUGAAUGCAAAGAGACAGAGCUGUUAUCCUCAAACAGCUGUCAGUCUUUAGACCUUUAUUUUUGUAGUCCAUUUUUGUAUGGUACUGUACUGUCUAUAUUUGGUGAUUCAGCUGAAGGAUAUCAAGAAGCAUUUCGAGAUCAAAACAGGUGUUGCCUGGAUUUGCAGUCAAAAACGCGUACACUGUUCAAACAGGUUAAUGCCAUGUUCAAAGCAACGCUGGAAUUGAUGCUGUUAGACACUGUUUUCUAAGCAAGUGGCCUUCAGCCUCUCCAGAUCCAGGAUAUAUCUUCAAAUAUAGGACUGGGCCCAUUUUCAGUUCUUUGUCUUGCAUUUUAUUUUAGCAUUGCUUUAUCCAUUUGUCUAUCAAGUUCCUUCCUUCCUUCCUUCCUUCCUUCCUCUCCCUUCCCUCCUUCUCCAUCUUUCUGCGUCUGUCUACACUUAGUUUGUUACACCAUAUUGGUCUGACUCAUAUUAUGUAAGCUAUCGGUUCAAGUUUCGGGAGUAUUCAUCUACCAUCCCUAACAAGAGAUUUGGUUCCUUUUGCAUUUUAAUGCAGACAUACCCAACUUGCACUUCCCGAAACCAUAUGCAAACCAGAAGGCACCUCUCCUUUGAAAUUCACACCUCUGAAUUUUGCAAUGCGGUUCUGCAACAACAGCAAAAUGCGUACGAAAUAAAAAGUGUGCAAAUACAUUAUGAGAGUAUGUGCACAGAAAUGCAUGGAAAUAACAUGCAAAAAAAUGAAUUUUGUUGGGGGGGGAACUGAUUGUAAAAAGCAUAUACAUAGGCAAAUUGCAACAAAUAUAUUGGGGGAAAUGCACAUUAAAAUGCAGGCAAUUUAUUUUUUUUGUGAGGACUCUCGGGAACUGAAGUUAAAAAUGGAAAAACAAAAAGCUGAAUGUGACCCUGACUAUGGGUACUAUCCAGGCCUUUUUUCCCCAGCUGGAACUCACUGAAACUCAGUUCUGGCACCUCUCAGGUGGGCACCAUUGCCAUUAUAAGAGAAGAACGAAGGCGUUCAUGGUGAGUUCCAGCACCUCUUUUUUCCUAGAAAAAGAGCACUGGUACUAUCACAGGUCCCCAUUUCUUGAUUUAGGCUACUAUGUCCAGUCCACUUAAGGGCUAGGACCAUUGCUGCCAAUUUUAAUCCCAGAGAUUAUUUUGCAGUACCACACAUUUCCCCAUUUUUUCCAAUGCAGAGUGAAGAGGCGUGUAUUUGUGUGUGCAUGUACAUCUGGUGAAGUUCUGAAGGUCUCUCAUGACUGGAGCACCCAAGCCGAAAUACCUCUGCUCUUGUCUGUGUUAAAACGCACAUGUGGGUAUGCUCUAGGGUGGUGAAUAUAGUAGUAAUAAUAAUAAUAGUAAUUUUUUAUUUAUACCCCGCCCUUCCCGGUUGAGGAAACCAGGCUCAGGGCAGCUAACAACAAAUUUAAAACACUUAAUUGAUGCAACAAAAAACAGCAUAAAAUACAGUAUAAAAUGUGAAUAACAAUAAAUUCAGAAUUCAAAAAUCAACUUAGCGGGAAAAUCCAUCCAAUAAACAUUAGAUGAUCACCAGGGCUAGCUGGCUAAAUUAGUCCUAUUUGGGCCAGCGAGGAGACCAGGGGAGAAUUAGCUGUAGGAUCCCAGAGCAGGUAAUCUUCAUAAAAAGAUGAGGGGGAGAGAAGGAAGGGGAAUAAAAGAUCAGGCUAAGUUCAACUUGAAAGCCAGGCGGAAUACCUCUGUCUUACAGGCCCUGCGGAAGGAAGUUAAAUCCUGCAGGGCCCUGGUCUCAUGGGACAGAGCAUUCCACCAGGUCGGAGCCAUCACUGAGAAGGCCCUGGCCCUGGUGGAGGAUAAUCUGACUUCCUUAGGGACCGGGACCUCUAAACUAUGAUUAUUCAUGGACCUUAAGGUCCUCUGUGGGGCAUACCAGGAGAUGUGGUCCCAUAAAUACGAGGGCCCUAAGCCACAAAGGCAAGGAAGCAACUUUUAAGUUAUAUACGCUUGAAGGAAUCAUGCUGACAGCGCAAGUCAGUAUAUAGCCUGAGACUGUCAUAUUUAGUCAUGGAAUUUUGGGCAACUGCCAGCCCUAGAUUCUUUGGAGAGGAAACAUGUAUGGAAUCCAGGGAUUUCUGUUUAUUUUGCUUUCUUUGGGGUAUGUCCCACAUAGGCUGGUGCCGCUGUUUUUAAAAGGACAGAUAGAAAGUCAGGUCACAUCCACACUGUAUAUUUAAAGCAUGUGGCUUCCCCCCCAAAGAAUCCUGGGGACAGAAGGCUGCUAAGAGUGCUGGGAAUUGUAGCUCUGAGAAGGAACUAGUUUCCAGAAUUCUUGGGGGGGAGUGAUGUGCUUUAAGUGCGCUUUAAAUGUAUGGUGCAGAUGUGAUGUCAGGCAAAGUAAGAUAAGUGUGCAGUGUCAGGUGGGUGUUUUGCUACAUUCUAUUACCACCCACCUUGGAAAAUAAAUGGAAGAGCAGUGUGGUGUAGUGGUUAAGAGCGGUAGAUUCAUAAUCUAGGGAACCGGCUUCGCAUCUCCGCUCCUCCACAUGCAGCUGCUGGGUGACCUUGGGCUAGUCACACUUCUUUGAAGUCUCUCAGCCCCACUCACCUCACAGAGUGUUUGUUGUGGGGGAGGAAGGGAAAGGAGAAUGUUAGCACACUUUGAGACUCCUUCGGGUAGUGAUAAAGCGGGAUAUCAAAUCCAAACUCUUCUUCUUCAUUCUGCCACCUCCCGAUUUCGUCUUUCGAUGCAUAAUGCUCCCUUAGAAAGGAGGGGAAGAAGGACUUCUACACCACUGCGACACUGAGACAAUGGUUAGAAUGAGCACUGCGGGUUUUAGAGGCAAGAUAAAGACUUCCUCAGAGCCCUUUCUUAACAAUAUAAACCUCUAAGUCUAAAAAGCAGCAAUUAAUGAAUCAAUUGAAGGACAUGCUGAAAGAUGCCUGGGUGGGGCGGGAGGAGGAGGAAGCAGCUGCCUCUGGUGGUGAGCAAAGAGAGAGAAUGUAAUUCUAGAGUGAUAAAAAAGGAAGGUCCAUAACUUUAAAGCAGAAAAUUAAGAGUGCAAUUGCUACAAACCUAUUCGGGAAAGAUGAACCAGGUCUUUCCAUUUUAAAAAGUUGCUUUGAGUUGCCUGGGGCAAGAAGAAGCAACGAAUAAAUUUAAUAAAUAAGAAGAAGAACCAGCUAUGGAAAGUGUCAUUCUUUGCUAUGCACCACCAAAAGCAUAUUAGCAUAGAAUUUGUAUUGCUAAUUGUGAAUGCAAUUUUUUAUUUAUUGCUAUUUUUUUAUUUAUUGCUGUUGUUUUACAGCAUUUAUACCCUACCCUUUAGGCAAUGGCUUACAAAAAUCAAUAAGAAUGUAACCUUGCAUAAGAUAGGAAGGAACAUUUCAUUUAGAAAUCAUGACUAUAACUUUCAAGAGAAAUGAAAGGCUUCUUGUUUUGCUUGUGUGCCUGCUUAGCCUAGUGUUCGGGGUGAACAUCUGGUGAGUGACUUCGAGGCCCAUCUGCCCUUUCUCCUUACAGUUCUGAAUCAUUAAAUAGGAAUUUGACAGUCCUUCAAACAGAACUGACAACCCUUCGGAUAGAGGCCUGGGCUCUGUAAAGUAGGACACACAGCCACUCCAGCCACUCAUAUGCAUGUAGCAAAUUGACAUUCCGCAGUCAGGAACUGGCGUUGGCAACAAAUGAUCUCUGAAAUGCAGCUUAAAACAUCUUAAAAUGCCAGAAUAUUACCUGAUGGCUCUGGGCCCUAUCACACCGUGUAGUGACAGUGUCUAAUGAGAAAGCUUCCUGGCCCAACCACAGCUCUGAUCCAGUUAUCCCUGCUAGCUCCACAAAUAAGUUCAGUAGACAGACUAAUCCAGGGUUUCCCAGACUUGGGUCUCCAGCUGUUUUUGAACUGCAACUCCCAUCAUCCCAGUGGUCAGGGCUAAUGGGAACUGUAGUCCAAAAACAACUUGGAGACCCAAGUUUGGAAAACCCAUCCUGCAGUACACAGAGGUGACUGGGCCUUGGUACAAUCCUGAUGAACUUUUCAGAUUCACACUGGAGCCUUGAGUCCAACCUACACACAAUGCUCAUCCCAACAUUGACUGGUCCCUCUCUGCCCCCACCAACAUAAAGCAGACGGAGGAUCCUAUCAAUGUCAGGAGAAGCACAGAUUGGCGCAGAAACUCAUGACGUCAUCAGAAGAAUCUUGAAUAAACACUCCUCAAUGAAUUGGGUUUGGGGUGUCUUUGUCACCUCAUUGAUGAAGGAAUGCUGAAAUUAUGUAGACCAGGGAGUGGGUUGCUCCCAAUGCUAUAUGCAACAGGAAUCCUGUAUGCUAACAUUCUUCUUCUUCUUUUGGAUCAUAAACAAUGACUGUAACUCAACAAAGGAGAAUGACAUAUAAAGCACAGCUUUCCAAACGCAGUCCACAGAACGUAAGAGUUCCUUAUAGGCAUGUUCUGGAAUCCCAUAAUAACCUGCAGUGGGAUCUCUGCAUGUUUGCAAGCUUGCAGCACAUCUCACGCGACCAAUAGGCUUUUCUGAUAUAUGUCCCCAGUAAGGUCCAGGAGAUUGUGCCAUAGAUCUGAAUGGCCAAGCUUUAGUUAGCUGCACCAAAGCCCAACAUCCCAUUGACAAAUUACAUUGCAGGGUUGCAAAGGGGUAUGUUUUCUUUCUAGCCUGUGCAGAACAUUGUAUGUUGCAUCUUCAACCUAUUAAUAAACAUGUUUUAAAUGUUUGCCACCUCCUUUGUAGAAGAUGACAUUUCCAUCUUACGACACCUAUUUCUGGAUGUUAUUCUUUUGUUUGAAGGGGUUGGGGGUCUUUGGCUGUUUUGCUGCAAAAAGAGGUUUGUCAGUUUGAUUUCUUUUUUUCUGUUUCCUUUGGAUGAGAUUGUAACAGAGCAGUCCAACUUAACUGGGAAGACUGUAUUUUUGUAUAACGUCAUGAUAAUUUUGAAAAAUGAUCGGAGGAGGAGAAAAAAAAAGAACUUUGUUCAGAAACCGAAACAAAGUCCCGUCUCAAAAAUGUUAGAUAUCUUGUAUACAGCGUGUAUAUAUUUACUAUAUAUAAUGGUAUAUACUAUGUGAAAGACACAGUCAAAUACUGGUUCCUGUGUACUGUUCUUGUAACAUUAGAUCUUUUUAAUAAAUUAUUCUCUUUUUAUUGAC